CACCGUGAUGGCCAGCAGCUCUGAUGUGGUGAAGAAAGUCAUGCGGUUCAAACUUCAGCUGGCGGACACAGCAGAGUCUGCCUCGGUUGUAAAGAUUUUGCAGAAACUCAAGGAUCUGAAUAUCACAUUAGACAUUCUUGCUGAAACUGGAAUUGGCAAAACAGUUAACUCCUUGCGCAAACAUGAACAGGCUGGAGAAUUGGCAAAGUCGCUAGUUAGGGGUUGGAAAAGACUGGUCCCCAAGGAAUCCACAAGCCACACAGAGGAUGGGGAUACAUCAGAGAGGUUGUCUGUUAAAGACAAACUGGACGGCCAAAACUGUCCUAAUAAUGGAAGUUUGACAGCGGAGGAUUCAAACAAUAAUUGCUUGACAUCUAAGAGUCAGAAUUGUUCAGACGAGGCUCUCUUCAAAACCAGGAUUAGGAAAGCCGGUUCAGAGAAACAAUGUGAGGAAGAGAAAAGACAGAAGCACCAGAAUGAAAAUCAAGACAAAAGUUGCCAAGAAAACCAGGAUGAUGUCUGGAAAAAGAACAUUCACAUCCAAGAUGAUCAAACGGACAAUUCAUUUGUCUCCAAGAAAAAGAAAAGUGAUGAGAGUAACAGAAAAUCAGGACAUAUUUUGCUUGGAAACAAAAACUCAGAGGACACUCAUCAGAAAUCCAGCUCUGACUCCAAGGAAACACUGAAAAGCAGCUCUGAUAGUGGAGGAUUUGUGUCGGAAAAAGGGUCUCAUAAGAAACCAAAAGAAUCGUUUUCAUUUGAGUCCUGUGACAAACACUCUGAGACAUCAAAGCUUGCAGGUGUCAGAGAUGACAGAUCUUCAGAAAGGAGCUCAGAAGCCGAAAACAAAAAAAGGAAAAAAUCAAGUAAAGAGAAGCACGGCACUCAAAAAUACAAAGAGGAAUCUGAAAAAGACGGGCAUCCAAAAAACAAAAAGGCCAAAAUAAAGCACACAGAUGUACAAAGUGACUCCGAGGGGCCCUCCUUGUCUUUUGAAUCGUACUUGAACUAUGACGUGAAUGUUGUCAAGAGAAAAGAAAGAUCUGCAGUGAGGAAACCUCCCAAAACAAAAAAGACUGUAAAAGAGGAAACAACAAAAGAUCAUGGCGUUAAACCUUUCAGAUCCCCCGUGAGGUCUAUAAAUGUUACCUCUCCAACAAAGAAGUUCAAGCAGUCUGUAAUGGACCUGAUUCCAUUUACCAUCCCUUUACCUGCUGCUCUGCCUGAAUUUGACUCACCAUUCAGUGUCGACUACUUUGAGAGGAAAGUUGAGAAAGAGUCUGUUUUCUGUGACGUCUCCGAGGACUUUGGAGUCUUCACUGGUCAACGACUGAACAAAAAGAUGCAAGUGUACUCUGGAGCCAAGACCGUCUUCCUCCCAGCCAUGAUGAGCUUGCACCAACAGUGUAUCCGCACCCUCCAGAAUAACAUUAACUUGCUUUAUGAAACUGGCGGAGUCCCGUUUGAAAUCCUCGAGCCGGUGUUGGAGAGGUGUACACCGGAGCAGCUGCUGCGCAUUGAAGAAUUCAACCCAAUCUACAUUGGAGAGACAGACCACUUAUGGGGGAAACAUUGUCAGAGGGACUUUAAAGACUCCAAACUUCAGGAGUAUGAAUCAUGGAAAGAGAUGUACAUCAGGCUGUCUGAGGAGAGGGAAAUGAAACUCAAGAGUCUGACAAAAAGCAUUGUGUCGGCACAUUCUAGAAAACCCCAAGGUCGGCAGGUGAAGAUGGCAUUUAUUCACACUGUUGCCAAGCCACCGAGAGAUGUGCGAAUUCAGCAGGAAAUUCACGGAACUGCUGUUCAGCAGCCUCAGCUCAGGUGCAGUGUCAAGGUUCAGGACAACAGACCAAGGCCCAGUUGUAAUGAGCCCAGCAGGUCCAGCAGCACCAGUUCGAGCAAUACACAAGACCCUCGCAAAAAAACAAGAGUCGCUCCGAUGAUGGCAAAGUCCUUAAAGGCGUUUAAGAAGCAGCUGGGACGCAGAUGAAUGCUCUUAUAUGAUCUUGAUAUUUACAGUGUGUGGAUGUGGGGAAAGUGCACUCUGUCAUUCAUUAACUUUGUUCACCUUUGAUUACUCUGCGUUGUUUUUCUAAAUAUACAGGCAUAUUUUUUUCUCUGUAACUGUGACUU